AUGGCUGAGAGGCAGAGCAUAAGAAAUAUAACAACCCAACCACCCACCGACAAAAGCGGAAACCGUAGCGUAGGAAUGCUCUCGCACACGCACACAACCCCAGCAAGCAGCACCAUCACUAGCACCAUCACUAGCACCAACACCAGCACAAGGCCAACAACGCGGCUAAAAUGCGAACACGAACACACAACAAACAGCAAAGCACAACAAACCCGAAAAGCGUUGCCAAAAGCAACAAAGCCGGCGAAGUCGCAUGCCGCAACACUACGCAGCGCGCAACGCAACGUGGCCGAUGCGGCCAGCGAAGUACCUAAAGCGAAUGCGGCCGACUUCAGCGCAUUCGACUUUAAUGACAGCUCCGAUAAUUCCGAUAUACAAACGCGCCCGCCUUCCUACCUCAGUCGCGCAAAUGUGCAAAACAACACCAGCAGCGGCAGUGGCUGCGGUGGCGGUGGCGGCGGCGGCGGCAGUAACAACAAUAACACCAGCAACAGUAUUAGCAACGCCAAUAACAACAACAGUAACUCCAACACCAACACCAGCAAUCGGUUGACGAAUAGCAACAAUUUAGCAAACAACACCAACAAUAACAACAACAACAAUGCCAAUAGCCGUGCAGCAGAAACGGCGUGCAUCGACAGCUGUCGCAACCACACCGCUGAUGAAGCGCCCAACCUCAACGGCGCCAUGGAGCAGGAUGAUGAGGAGGAUGACGAAGAAGAAGACGAUGAGGAUGAGGCGGAUGAGCAGCAUGCUGAGCCUGCACGUGGAAAUGAAGAGGAAGAAGGCGACGAUGCGGAUGAAGCGGAAGAAGGCGACCAGGUUGCCGCUAUUAAUACCAACGCGGAACAGACGCGCGCUGCGGUCAGCAAUGCAUUAGGCAAUGCAGCUCACGACAAUGGCAGGUUUCCUGAAGCGCCAAAUGCGUCCACUGCUGCGAAGGCCACAUCUCUUGGUACGCUAAGCAAUGCGUGUAAUACCAAUGGUGCUGGCAACGACGAAGACGAUGACGAUGAUGAUGAUGAUGACAACGGCAACAACAGCAGACACAGCCAUAGUAGCAGCGCGCACAAUGACAACAGCAACGCCAGCAGUGAUGACAUGCUUUGUCAUGGUAUGCGCGACUUGGGUGGUAUGGGUGUCAGUGACAACCAACGCUCAACGGCCAACACAAGCAGUAACCAUCACAACAACAAUAACAACAACACCGCGGAUGCACUGCUAAUGGCUGCAAUUGCCAAUGCGAGCGCCAGCGGGACAAGUAAUGGUGGCGCCGCGAGCGAUAUGUGUGGCGCAAUGCCUACAACUGCCACAACAGAGUCGAAUAACCAAUGCGCGGUAACAAGCGGUGCCACUGGCGUUGGCACGCUUUUAGAUGGCGUUUCGGCUGCGAGUAACGGCAACAAUUGCAAUGAAAUCGCACGCAGCAGUAGUGCUAGUUUGAGCAACAAUAGCUCGUCUGCUACGGCGUUAGGAGGUGGCAGUGGUGUUGGUGGCGAUGCGAACAGUAUUGGUGGGGGCGGUGGUGGCAAUGGCAGUAUUUGUGGUGGUGUUAGUGGGGUCGGCGGCGGUGGUGGUAUCGUGAGUGGCAUUGGUGGUGAGAGCAUGUGUGGUGGUGCGCCAAGCGAAGCAGGCAGCGCUGCUGGCACAACGGGUUCGGGUCAUAGUGAGCGGAAAAAGUAUCGACAUCAAAACUAUAGUAAAAACAUUUACAUCGGCACCAAGAACGCUGAAAAGUGGGAACACACGCGAACGCGCCUGCAAUUCAAGAACGAUGUGGAGUUCGUGACGUACUUGUUGAAUUUGGCCGACAACGAUACGGAGCGUCUAGCCAAUUUGCCACCGCCCUCGGCGCCAACAACUCCUACUAAGAGCUUCGCCAAUAAUUUCAAAUUGGAGCCCAAUCUCAGCGUGAAGGAGUUUGGCAAAAGUCAAACAGAGAACAGCAAUGAGGCAACUCCAGCACCAGCACGCAGGAAAUACAAAAAGCGCGUGCAAUUCAGCGAUGCACUUAAUGGUUUCCCGAAAAUGAAGGACUUCUCGAAUUUUUCCGCGAAAGCAAAGAAACAAGACCAAAAAAUGAAGAGUGCAACCAGCGGCAGUGGCAGUACAAACGACACACUGCCCGAAGUGUUGGACUGCCGCAUAGCAGAAAAGAUCAAAAGCGAAUUGGAGGAGAAGUCCGCAACGAAAAUUCCACCACAUCAGAAUGCAUUGUGUCUGAAAAAGCCGGGCGAGGGUGGGGACAUGGAACAGCAGCACAACAGCGAUGAAGACGAGGAUGAUGAAGCAGAAGCGGAUACUGGCAUAGGUACAGCAAGCGCAACUACUGCUGUCGCUGUCGCCACUGCUGCUACUGUUGCUGCUAUCGGAGAUGUAGUAGAUGCCAACAGUGCAGCAGCAACACCAACCCUCUCACUCAAUGCCCCAUCUGCGGCGUCGACGAGCAACUUCCGAGCGCGAGUGAAAGGCAAGCGAGGCCCCAAAAACGUCUCAGCACUGCCAGUUAACAGUGCAUUCAGCAGCUUGGGUACCAGCAUUGCUGACGAGGAAGAAGAUGAGCUCGAUGGUGAUACAGAUGGCGAUGAUGACGAUGAGGAAAUGGACGAGGAAGCGUUGGCGCGCGAAAUGAAAAACGAACAAAAUUUCGUUGAAGAAGAGGACGAACACGAUAUUGCCUUCCGUUCGCAACAAUCGUGUCGCGAAUGCUCAAUCACACACGACUAUAAAAUUUGUCCAUUGCGCACAGCAAUCGGUACUAUCACCGAUGCCGUAGAUCUGGCCGAAUGGAUUGAACGUAAGAAUCUAGAAGCUUUGGCUAAACUCAAACACGAUGCACAGCGUCAAGCAAAGCAAGAUCACGAUCCCGAUGACGAGGACAUGGACGAAACAUCACAAAUGUCCGAGCUCGAAACGAAACCCUUGAUAACGUUUGCCGAGGCAUCGGUGCCAGCCGAAUUCGAACUACACAAUGUCGAGCCGAAUGUGACAGGCGUGUUUGCGCGAACCGAAGUGCGUGCCUUCACGAAACUCGGUCCGCUAAUUGGACAACCAGUACAGAGUAGCGAUGUACGUGAAGGUAGUGAUAUGAAAUGGAUUUUCGAGAUUUGCGAAGCAGGUGCGGAGAAGUCUGAACUGCUAGCAUGUGACAAUCCCAAUACUUCCAAUUGGUUGCGCUACAUACGACCAGCGCCCACCUUCGAUGAACGCAACGUAAAUCUGGUCUCGAUUGAACGACAUGCGUUCUUUGUCACCUGUCGGGAUGUAAAGAAUGGCAUGGAACUGCUUUAUUGGAGCGACGAUUGCAACACGAUGUGGCGCAAAAAGCACACGGAGAAAACGAAUUGUGGCGGCUGCAAUUUGCGCUUCGACCAUCCGCUCUACUAUCGCACGCACUGCUCCAUUUUCCACGAUCCCUCAAUGAGUCUCACCAUACGCAAAUACCAUUGCAAAGUGUGUGGCGAGGCGGUGCUCGGCAAGGACAACAUCAUGAAACAUGCAGCAGAGAAACACGAAGGCAAAGGCGCUUACCAAUGCCAAUUUUGCAACAAAUUCUUCCUGCGGCUCAACUACUUGGAAAUGCAUCGCACCUACGGCUGUGCGGCCAAUCCGAAUCGUGCGCGGCCACUUUGCGAUUUUUGUGGUCGUAAAUUUUGCCAACCGCAAAAGCUCAAGGCCCACAUCAAGCGCAUGCACAGUGAUAUGGCUGAAGUUUUACGAGAUUUUCAGUGUAAAUUAUGUUCAAAACUUCUAGGAUCACGUGCCGCACUGCAGCGCCACUCCAAGGAGGUGCACAGUCGUAACUCGACGGUGGUUAGCUGUCCUCGAUGUCAGAAGCUCUUCCAGAAUCGCAGUAACUUGAAAAUUCAUAUGCUCACACAUUCGGGCGUCAGGCCAUUCAAAUGUUCGGAGCCGGAAUGUAAUGCCGCUUUCACCACAAAGCAAUGUCUUCAAUUCCAUUAUAAGAAAGUGCACAACUACACACAGGAACAGAUGCCGAAGAUCGAACGUAGCGUUGCAUACACCUUCGACGCGUAUUCGGGUGGCAUGAAAGUGGACUUCUUAGAACAAGCGCCACGGCGGCGACGCAAGAGCUUGGAAGACCAAAACUCGCGCCUAAGUUCGAGUAUGCAAAGCGACACCGAAUUCUCCGAUGACAACAUCUUCGAGGCUAUCAAGAAAUCUGGCAAAUCGAUCAAAGACUUAUGUCGCAACGAGCCCAAUCUCUCGCUACUCUCGUCCAAGAUCUCGAGCAUAUUCGGUGAAAAGGUGGUGGGUAGUCGCAAACGUAAGAAAAAGAAAGAGCCACCUGCGCCAAAUAUGAAUUUAAUGGGCGCCGGCGCUGCUGGAGUAGGAGUCGGUGUAGGCGUCGGCGUCGACGGUACUGAGGAGGAGGACGAAGAUGAGCAUAUGGAGCAGGUGCGCCGCAAACAAGCCAAUGCUCAGCUUAGUCUGGUUGAGUCAUUUUUGACCACGACCGCACAACGUCUCACCGCUCAGCAUCAAGUGCAACAGGUGGUUGCCGCCGCUGCCGCUGUAUCGGCAAUGGCUGGUGCUGGAGCGGCGACAGCUACAGAGGAUCCCAAUAAAAUGCACAUGAUGUCUGGGCUGAACAGCCAACAUCAUGCCAUGGCGAUGGGUGGGCACGCUGUGGCCGGCAUGCUGAACGACGACGACGACGAGGAUGAUGAUGAGGAUGAUAAUGGGCAGGACGAUCCGCAUGACGGUGGACACGGCGAGCCGCACGAUGACAAUAACAGCUAUCGCCAUCAUACAAGUAUGAACGCCUUGGGACAGAAUUUGGUUGUGAGCAAAGGAAGCAAGAAAUGGAUUAGCGGCGAUGAUCAUCAUCUGACGCGUGAUUGCGCCGCCUCAGUGGAUCGCUGUGGCAUGGGUGGUGGUGUGGGUAUUGGCGGUGGGGUGGGCACCGACGCGGCCGUUGCUGCUGCUAUGGGUGGUGCUGCGGCUGUAGCUGCCGCAUGCAGUAUGACCGGAAACGGUGGUGGCGUCGGGGUUGGUGUUGGAAAUGAUAUGGGUUUGCCGCCAUUUGCGGUGCCUCCGAAUGCAGUCGACGAUGCCAGCAAAUUGAUCGGUCACAAUCGGGACUUUUUGGCGCGUUUGAUGAAUUCGGCUAGUGCUAAUCAUGCGCAUCAUAACAAUCGUGGCGAGGAAGAUGAAAACUCCUCAUUCCUCGAUGUGGUCGAGUCCAACAAUAAUAACAAUAAUGGCAGCGGCGGUCAAAUGCAGCAAUAUCAUCAUAACGGCGGCGGUGCAGGCGUGGGUGGAAGUAUCGGAGCGGCUGUGAACGUCGCUAACGCGGGCAAUGCCAAUGCGAACAACAUGGGCGGUACUGGGGCCAACAGCACACCAAGUCAUCAAACCGAAGAUGCGCAACUGCAAAUGAAUUCUUUGGCGCAUUCGCAAUCAUUCAUGAGUUCGUUUUACAACAAUGCCAAUGCAAGACUGAGCGGCGGAGGCAGUGCCUCCACUUCGGCAAGCAUGCUCGUAGAAGCAGCGUUGAACUCCGUUGGAAAUAUGAUCGACUCGGAAAAUAAUGAUAUGAAGGUGGCAAAUGAGUCGAAUAUCAACACCGACAGCCCCAUGAGCGCCCAUCACGUGGACACGGAAGCAAAUCGGUUCAGCACAGACACUGCCGCCAACCACCACUCCAUCAACAGCAUUGACAACCUGGAAAACGAGCUGAAGAUGAUGAAGAACCUCAGUAACUUCCCAAUGCAAAUACCACCACUGCCAAUGUUUCCCAACUCAGGCAACAACAUGACUCCAUGCAACAUAUCGCCAAACGCUUCGACACCGACAAAUCCUCAAAGCAACCAAAACAAUAAUGAUGUAGAUGUGGAUGCUGGCUCGACGCCACGCCCACAGCAUUUGAGCGGAAGCGCUGCUGAUUCGGAUGGCUUCUCUUCGGGACAUCAUCGCACACCGCCCUCGCCGCAGCCCAUAUCACCUGGCCGCGACUACGGUAUGUUCAGUAAUGCCAAUGCUACAGGCGCCAAUGGCACACCUGGGGGCCCAGGCACAGCUGGCAGCAACAGCAGUGGCAACAGCGUCAGCGGCAAUAGCAACAAUAACAUAUCAGCAUCUUCACCUUUGCCCACGAUGCAAGCGCAUCGGCGCAAUGCCUCCAGCGUUGGCAGCGCAUAUCCAGAUCACGAGCUCAUAUCCCCCGCAUCCUCGCCGUCCAUACCACGAUACAAUUUCAACGGCGAAAUGAUGCGUCAUAAACGCGCCGAACACGAAAGCGAUAGAAGGCAAACGAUUGGUCACAAUCCGCAUUUAUCAAGCGACGAGGAGAACAGUAUUAUUCCGCAAAAUAGCUCGGGUCAAGACAUGCGUAUGAAAUUUUCCCAGUCGCAAAUGGAUCUCAUGUACACAAAGUACGAGAGUAUGGCCGCUAACGCCGCGAAUCUCAAGUACAAUAGCCAAGAGCUCGACUCGCCAGCCGACUAUCGCAGCGCCAAUAGCAACACCACAUCCGCACCCACCGCUAACGAUCUAUCCGAUUUGCAAGGGCUCGACAUGUCACGCUCCAGUGUUAGCGCUUCAAAUUACCAUCACAACUUCCAACUGCCCGGUAGCGCAAGCUCAAACAUACCCGGCAUCGGACGUUACCAUCAUCACAUCUACGACAUACUCUCCGAGCGUGAACAACAAACGCAACAGGCACAAACACAGCAACAACAACACCAUAGUUCGGCAGUGGCGGCCGCUGCAGCUGUAGCUGCACAACACCAACAGCAACAGGAGCACUCCAGUCAGCUUGUCAUGCAACAACAUCAAUCCGCCAUGCAUAACAUGCUUCCCGAUCAACUUGGCGAGCAGGAUCACGAUCAGACCACUUCGGUAGACUUGAGUCGCACAGCUAAUUAUGUGGUGCCAUCACCGCCGCAAUUACCCUACAACCAUCCACAUCACGAUAUGCUACGCAUGGCUUCGUUGGAUUUAACGCCGAACACCAAUAUGUCCGUUGGCAAUAAUCGAUCUUUCCUUUCCUCACAAAUGCAACAUCAGAGUCGCGAAAGCCUCGAACAUCAUCGUCUAUUGUCCACAGUAGAACAGCAUCGCAUAUUGGCAGCCUCCAAUGUGGCUGCGGAUCAGCAUCGCCUACUCGUCGAUCCCACCGCACAUCUGUUGAUGGAGCAAAACAAUCGACUAUUGGGCACCGAUCAGUCACGACUUCUUGGCGAGACGGCGCAGAAUAGGCAUAUGGCGCGAAGUUUUGGUGCUUAUCAUCAAGUAGCCUCGGGCAAUUAUCAUCCCAGUGUACGGCCACCAGUAUUGCCAUCGGCAAAUCAUCAUGCUUCCAAUCCCUCCAAUUAUCAUCCUUUCCCAGCGUACUAUUAAAAGCGAGAGUAAGAGAAAGUGGUCACAGAAAAACUUUGUUUUAUGUCAUUCAAAGAGAACUAGUGGAAUUUG